CUGGCACCGGCCAUGAGGCGGGGCAGCUGCGAGCGGGAGCUGGCGGCGCGGUGGGAGGCGGAGGCGGUGGCCGCGGCCCGGCGGGAGACGGAGGCCAGGGCGCUGGCGGCGCUGGGGCAGGUCAGCGUGGACGCGGGCGCGGCCGGGGAACCCGAGCGCAAGGCGGGGGAGGAGGAGCCCAAGGCCCGGGCCCCGGCGCAGCCCCGCGCGGCCGAGGAGGGCGACGCCCGCGUGCCCCCGCGCCCGCCUCCCACGUUGCCCCCGUCCAAGCCGAAGCCGGCCGCGGCGCUGACGCCGACGCCGACGCGAGGCCUCUGCCAGCAGGGGAAGCCCAGGGGCAAAGGUCGCGGCUGCAAGCGGAGCUCCGGCCGCAGGGGCGACGACGGCGUCUGGCAGCGGGCAGUCACCGUGGACAGCUCCAAGGCCAAGACCUCCCUGGAAGCCCUGAAGAUCAGCAUCCGCCAGCUCAGGUGGAAGGAGUUCCCAUUUGGCCGACGCUUGCCUUGUGACAUCUACUGGCAUGGAGUUUCAUUUCACGACAAUGACAUAUUCUCUGGCCAAGUGAACAAGUUUCCAGGCAUGACAGAGAUGGUGCGUAAAAUCACCCUGAGCAGAGCUGUGAGAAUUAUGCAGACCCUCUUCCCCGAAGAGUACAACUUCUACCCUCGCUCGUGGGUUCUGCCUGACGAGUUACAGCUCUUCACGACUCAGGUUCAAGUGGUGAAAGAAGGUGAUCCCUCCUGGAAGCCCACUUUUAUUGUGAAGCCUGAUGGUGGUUGUCAGGGUGAUGGAAUCUACCUCAUCAAAGACCCCAGUGACAUCCGCCUGACCGGGACCCUCCAGAGCAGGCCAGCGGUGGUCCAGGAAUACAUCUGCAAACCUCUCCUUAUUGACAAACUCAAGUUCGAUAUUCGUCUGUAUGUCUUACUAAAGUCCUUAGAACCCUUAGAGAUUUAUAUAGCCAAAGAUGGACUCUCUAGAUUUUGUACAGAGCCAUAUCAGGAACCCAACCCCCAAAACCUGCACCAUGUCUUUAUGCACUUAACCAACUACUCGCUGAACAUCCACAGCAACAACUUCAUCCACUCGGACAGUGCCAGCACGGGCAGUAAGAGGACUUUCUCUAGCAUUCUUUAUAGACUGUCUUCCAAGGGUGUGGACAUCAAGAAGGUGUGGUCUGACAUCAUCUCCUUGGUGAUUAAGACUGUCAUCGCCCUGACUCCGGAGCUCAAAGUUUUCUACCACUUGGACAUCCCCACAGGGAGGCCGGGACCCACCUGCUUCCAGAUUCUAGGCUUUGACAUUCUUCUGAUGAAAAAUCUGAAGCCUAUGCUACUUGAAGUAAAUGCAAAUCCCAGCAUGAGAAUUGAACAUGAGCAUGAACUUUCUCCAGGAGUGUUUGAAAAUGUCCCCAGCCUGGUGGAUGAAGAGGUGAAAGUGGCUGUCAUCAGAGACACUCUGCGCCUCAUGGACCCUCUGAAGAAGAAGAGAGAGACCCAGUAAGUAUUUUUUUUUUACAUCAUUCAUUGCUGUCAACUUUACUUACUUGAAGCAGGUGAGUUAAAAUUUCUCAGAAUCUGUGGACAUGUAAGAUUGACUCAAAAUCAGGAGUGAAUCUGACAAUUGGGGUUCCAUGAUAAAUUCUUGCUCUGACUGUUACCCAGAUCUGGAAAGUGUCUUCUAAGCGUGCAAUCUGCCUUGGUGAUAGGCCCUCUGCUUGUCCUCUGCUGGUCACAUUAUGCUUCUCUUUUAAAUCCUCAAGCACAGGAAGCAUCAAGGAAAAAUGCAAGCAGCCACAGAUGGCUGGCCAUAGAAAGAGUUGCCUCCUUUUUAUUCUCUUCAGGAUGUUUAUGCUCUUGCAGCGGAAGCUUUUCAUUUCAAAGUUUGCAGCAGCAGUGCAAUGAUCUCCUAGAUCUCCCAUCAUAUAUAUAACAGUUAACAAUUCUUCUCCAUCCCCAUCCACUCAGUGGGGACUUUAUAGGGAUACUGGCAUGUGUGUGUCCCUGCCUGUCCCUCCACUGAGCCACCCCAGAAAUGGAUGACAUUUGACUUGGCUAGUUUGUUUGUUCUAUUUUUACCAAGUUCUAGCCUCUUAUAAAGUAAGGGUUUAGUAAAUAUCAUCAUGCUUAUGUUUUAAGCAGAGACACCAAAGAUAGGCAUUUCAAAUAGUACUUCUCAUACCCCCUGACAAAUCAGAUUGACCCAAAUGCACGCAAGACAUUUAAGCACUCGCCAACUAGGGCUCAAGAUUGGGUGGAAUACUAACUUCCCCAAGUAAGUGAUGUGUUCAGCUCAUCUGCUGAGGCUUCUCACCAAUUGGAUUCAGGCCUAAAUACUGGUCCACUCCCCCAGCAGGAGUGCUGCUUACCCUUGGCAUAGUGCCAUCCUAGUAGAACCAUCUGGGGAGCUUUCAAAAAUCCCAGGACUAGGCCCCUGCUUCUAGAGAGACUGAUUGGAAUUAGCCUGAGCUAGAAGUAGCCACCGACAUUUUUAGACUUUUUAAGUGUUCUUACUGUGCAGCUGAGGCUGAGCAC